AUGGCAAACUUAGUCGAGGGGCAGUUGCAGCAGCAAGGUCCGGUUGUUUUGAGAAAGAAUGGUCCUAAAGCUCCCCGUCCUUCCAUUAAGCCGUUUGGAAAGGAGGCUUAUGUGACACUUGUUAACGGGAAGUCAGAAGCAUCCUUGUUAAUGGUCCUCGUAUUAGGUGUGUCUCUGAAAGAAACCAAGAGCUCCAUCGAACGAGUUGUUCUAUGUCCACCAGAUGUGACAGCUGAGUCUAAAGCAAUACUUAAAGAAAAUGGUUGGACUAUACGAAUGAUUGAAGAGUUUGACCCUCGCCCUAUAGAUGAUGCUUCUUUUAAUAAGCUCCAGUUAUGGAAAAUGACUGAGUAUCGACGUGUUGUGUGGAUUGAGCCAAACGCAUUAGUUGUAAAGAACAUUGACCAUCUUUUCAGGUGUGGUAACUUUUGUGCUGUUUUUCAGAUAUCCAAUUCAUUCCGUACUACUGUCAUGGUUGUAAAACCAUCAAUAAUUGAGUUGAGUCGAAUUUUAACAUGGGAUCGUGAAGGCUCCAAUAAAAUAACUGUUCCCAUACUGCUUAAUAAAUUCUACAAUAACUAUUACAAGUUAAAGUACUCUGUCAUGUAUGAUCCAAAAGAUCCUUCAUACAAUGAAGAACCUCUUCGUCUUUCUGCAGGAUAUCAGGUCGGCAUAUUCAUGCAUUUAGUAAACAGUCAUUGGUAUAUGAGUGAUGAUGAGAUAUUUGUCAUUGACUAUGAGAUGCUUUCGAUACACCCUGUGUACUGGUGGACAUACCCUCUAUUAGAAGUUAACUGGAUGUGGUAUUCUUAUCGAACUAAGCUUGCAUCACAUGUAAAUGAUCCAUCUCUCUUUCUAAUGAGCAAUGUCAUGCCACUGGUAUGUUUGGGUCUUCUUUACGUAGUACUUCGUUGCUUCCCAAUGAUGUUUCGUAUUGCUAAUCAUUCAUGUACCAAGUCUGCCAUGAAUUUCAUUGCUUCUGCUCAUGACGGUUUUAUUCUUAUACCUUCAACAAUGUGGCCAGUUCAAGCAUGGCUCCUGUACGUGUAUGGGACUUUCGCUGGUAAACGUGUUCUCAAGCUCUGGUGUCAUUCUAGACCUUUAGGUUGUUUUCCUUCAAUACAAUCAUGA